AUGGGACUUGAUCAAAAACACGAUGUCGACGCAGACGUCGACGCCGACACAGCAAACCCUACGCACCCAACACUCAACACCAUUGACUUCAACCUCCAAAUUGGCGUCGAGGAGAUUCUCACCGAUGUCGACCCCGAUGUCUCUCUAGAGUUCUUGCAGAAAGCUGAAGCCCAUUCAGGGAAACCACCUCCAACCCGCAUACCGAGGGAUACACUCGUCAGCACCCACAACGAGUAUGUUGAACAGCAACAAAAGUCCGGACAGCAGAGUGGGCCACGAAUGGUGAAAAAGGUUGUGUUGGCACUGUCUUACCCGCCGUCCGUCAAGUCUGCAGAGGAGCUCUCGCCGAUGCGCCUCGACGAGCUUCUGGUGGAGAAUCAUCACGAAGACAAAUACGUCGUCCUCAGGACAAUCGCACCACCUUAUACAGGAGCUGGUACCAUUACGAUUGUCGAGGAUCAGUAUGGCAGCGUCGACAAGAUGGCACUUUACAACCAGGGCAGCUCUACAAUCUUGCAGUUUAUCCCGGAAGGCUCAUUGGUUCUUGUGAAGGAGCCGUACUAUCGAUUCGGCGGAGACGACGACUUUAUGCUUUGCGUCGACCACCCCUCGGACAUCAUGCUCCUUCGGCAAGGGCCAGAUGACGCUCUCAUCCCGAAGGGUUUCAAGGCGGCCCCUGUAUUUGAAAAUGCGGCGGACUGGAAGGCGGAUGGCGAUCGAGCUUUCAUCUCAAACAAUCUUCCCUUGGCGGUGGCAAACUACACAAGAGCUUUAGAACUGGCAACAGAAGAGGACAAAUCCUUCCGAACUGACGUUCUAUCAAAACGGGCUGGUAUCAAUCUCACCUUGAAGUGCUUUGACAAUGCACUGUCUGAUGCCCUCUCGUCGAGAGGUGGAUCUUCAGACUGGAAAGCUUACUUUCUUGCCGCAAAAGCGUCGUACGAGCUCCCUGAUUUCCAGAACAGCAAACAAUACUUCGAGUCAGCUCUGGAAAUGAAGCCCGAAGCUACCAACAUUCGCAAGGACUAUAAGAGGUGCCUGGAAAGACUGGAGGAAGAAAAAGGCAACUAUGAUCUCGCAGGCAUGACAGCCAGCGUCACUUCAAAGAACAUCCACAUUGACAGAGCAAGCUUCCUCUCAAGGACUGAAGUCAAAGACUCACCGCACCACGGCCGCGGCCUCUUCGCAAGAGAAAACAUCAAGGCCGGCGAAAUCAUUUUUGCAGAAAAGGCCACCAGCGUCCCCGACGAAUUCAACCCAGAACACAACUCCGCCGCAGCCUACGCCCAGCUCGUCGAGCUCUGCGCAGACAACCCGACAAUCCACAACAGAGUCCUCGACCUCCACGGCGGGUCGUACAAGCGCACCGGCCGCGAGGGCGCCCUCGUCGACGGCAGGCCCGUCGUAGACGUCUUCCUCCUCGAGUCCAUCCGCCGCAAGAACUGCUUCAGCGGCGCGCGGGUCUCGGCGCAGGCCGCGAACCCGGAGUGGGAUAUGUGGCGGCAGGGCAUGUCGCGCGGGCUCUGGGUGUAUUCGGCCUACGCCAACCACGCGUGCCUGCCCAACGCCAAUAGGUCGUUCAUCGGGGACGUGCUGAUUGCCACGGCCACCGUCGAUAUUCCCGCGGGCACGGAGAUUACGCACAUUUACCUCCCGCCCAAGGCGGCGUACCUCCUCCGCCUGCCGCAGUUCCGCCGCAGCUGGGGGUUCGUCUGCAGCUGCGCCCUCUGCGCCGGCGAAGCCGGGUCCGCGACGGAGCGGCACGAGAAGAGGAACGCGGCUCUUGCGGAGAUUGAGGCUCUGAUUAGGAGGAAGCGGCCUACUAAGUUCUAUCCCGACGCGACGAUACGGCAGGUUGAGAAGCUGACGAACAAGCUCGAGGCUCUGCACGAGAAGGAGGUCUAUGACGAUCUUGCGUUACCGCGGUUGAUGCUGGUUUGGCCGACAAUGUGGCUUGCGGAGGUAUGGCAUACGAGGAAGCAGUGGAACAAGGUUGUCAAGUGGGGGGGCGAGGUGUUUCGCAACUUUGGAUUCGUCCAUCCUGUCAGGGACGGGAGGCUGUGGAUGUAUAAAGACACUCUGGCGGUGACGACGUUUGAGGUUCUCAGGGCGCUCAAGUGGUCGUCUGAGGCAUACGCGGCGCUUGGCCAGCAGGUAUUGGCUGAGGAUUGCUUGGAUGCAGCGAGGACCGGCUUGAAGACCAUGGUUGGGUUUGUUACUGAUGAGACUUUUGCAGCGUUCAAGUGA